CCUUCACAGGCCCUCCUCACCUCAGCGGGCCUCGCUCGGGUCCUCUCCGUUUGGUCUCUGUGCCGAUACAGCGCCGUUCUCCUGCGCUCUGAGUGUCCCCACAGCGUUGCCUCAGGCCCCCCGCGUUUCUCUGGGGCCGCGCUCGGGGUGCGGAGAGCCCCCAGGGGCCGGGCAGCUGCUGCUGCUGAGGCAGCCGCCAGUUUCCGACAGGCCGGGCCGCCGUUGUAAUGGAUAAAAUCAAACAGCGCCUUUUUUAGAGUUAAAAACCAGUUUGCACAACGAACGGAGUAUUUUCCUGUGGUUGUCCAUUCACCUUGUUGUUGAUAAAUUGCUUUAGUGUGUUGCUCUUCAAAGGCGUUUCCACUGCGAGAUAAGGAAACUUGCAUGAGCAGGAAGGUGUUUUUGCUAGUUAUGUGCUUCAUUUCUGUUUUAAAUUUAAGAAUGAUCAUGAUCAGAGAGUUGUCUAAAAAUUCUGUACGUCUUUGUAUGUAAUGAAGUGAGGCUUAAGUUAAUAUGUCUUUACAGCCCCAGGUCCUGUCUUUUUUAAGAACUUGGCGAUGCAGUGGUAUUUGUAAUGAUGUUACCAUAACAAUUGUGGUAAAAGGCAUAAUUGUUGAAGGUCAUACAUUUGCCUACUUGGUAUUUUUCAGCAGAGAAAAACGUUUUAAUAUGGUUUAGUUUUAGUACCAGUCUGUAUUCUGCUAGUAGCAAACUAUUCAAUUGUUAUAUUAAUCUUUGUAUAUCUUUCUAAUUAUUGGCUUUACUGAAGUGGCUGAAGGGUUAUCGUAACUCGUUAUGCUGAAUAGUAAAGUCUUAUGUUACUUAUGAAAGAGGGUUUGCUACUGUUUAGAUUUAAUUAUUCCCUUAAACCAAUCAGAUCUGACUAGGGUUCUUAACUGUAAACUACCUUCAAAGCAAUGCCAAUGACUGCUUUUCUUGAUAAUAGUCUAAUUACAGAUGUUCUUUAUGAAAAUGUUUUCAUGUGAUAAAAAAUAUUAACCUAAAUUCUAAACUAUGUCACGUGAUAUACUUCAGUCUAUGCUACUUAAACUGAGCCAGUGAGAGGUUUCUUUUCAGUAAAACAGACAGCGUUGGUUGUAUUUCUUGGUCUCGUACGUAAUCACAUACAGUGUAAUUUUUUACACCAAGACAAUUGCCUACUCCGUCAUAAAGCCAUCAGUAGCCUUAGAUAUGUGAAUCUUCACUUGAUCUGCAUAGGUUAACAUUUAAAAGAUUGUAAUGUUAGGUCUACUUAUAGCCCGUAUCGCUAUGGAUGUCUCUGUAAAAUUAAUUUUGAGAACAUGGGAGUUUUUAUGUUUGUGAUCUUCAGAGAGUUUCUAUCUGAUCAAUAGAUUGAAUAUAUUUUUGUUAUGGUUUUAUACUUCAGGACAUUUCAAAAAAAACCUCAAAAUAAAGCACAAAAUUAUGCUCAGCUAAUAAUGCUGAGUAACUUCUUCCUUCUGCAGUGCAGUGAAUGGGGAGAAUAAUAAUUACUUCCUUUUGCCUGUAAUGAAAAAGUCCAUAUCUAUAUUGUAUGAGUUUCUAUUUGAUUUUUUUUUUUUUUAGCUAUAGCUUGAAUCAAAGUGGACUGAAGCUCCUGAAGCCUCAUAAUGAAUCCCCUUAUCUCUUGAAGUGGAACAGGACUCCCUUUUUCUACUUACUAAUUAUUCCAUAGGAUGUAGUUUUCAGAUGUUUACAGAAAGAAAUGUACAACUUCAAGGUUCUGUGCCUCCCCGGAUUGUCCUCGGUCUCAAAUUAUUUUCUGUAUUGCAGUAUUUAAGAUAACUUACACUUUUCUCAUUUAGUAGUAUUUCAUAUAUCUUUAUUAUCAUCUGAGGCUCUUGAGAUAUUAAUAUAGAGCUGAAAGUACUCCCACUAUCCCAGAGUUAUGUAGUCCCACCCACAGAUGGGGACUCCAGGAAGUAAAGUCAGGGAUUGCUUUUGGUGAUGUGGCAAAAAUGUUUCUGUUGAGGAUCUGUUUUAUUUUGUUUGCUUUAUAUCUUGAAGUGAACUGUAAAACUUAGUUGAGCUUAACUGAAAAGAAAAAUAAAGAUCUUAAAUUGGUAGCAGAAGCAUGUACUAAAAAAUAAUUCCCUUCGUUUUUUUUUACUUGACUUCAGAACCAUGGCCCUUUUACUAUACAGUUUUGCUCAUGCGUAAAACUUUUCUGUGACUGCUAAGCUUUUUGAGUUCAAGAGAUAGAUAAACUCAUUGAAUAUUUCUAGCAGUGGGCAGUGAUUUGGUUUAGGUACUUACGGUAGAGUUUUCAUCUGUAACCACUGGUGUACAGAGUCCUGAACUUAAACUUCUUCACUAUCUAGUUACUCAAUAAUUAAAAAUCCUAAGCAGCUUUUAAAAAAAUAUUUAUUUUAGUUUUGUUCUUUGCCUCUAGAAACUGAGGUGACAGGAGGGUGGUGCUGCAGUUCGUAUCUCAGUGCUUAGAUGUUAUAACUCCUGCCUUAUCAAGCAACCAUGUCAGAAGGGGACAGUAUUGGUGAGUCUGUGCAUGGAAAGCCUUCUGUGGUCUAUAGAUUUUUCUCAAGACUUGGACAGAUCUACCAGUCCUGGUUAGACAAAUCUACUCCAUAUACUGCAGUGCGAUGGAUUGUAACUUUGGGUCUGAGUUUUAUCUACAUGAUUAGAGUUUAUUUACUGCAGGGUUGGUACAUUGUGACAUAUGCCUUGGGAAUCUACCAUCUAAAUCUCUUCAUAGCUUUCUUAUCGCCAAAGGUAGACCCCUCUUUAAUGGAAGAUUCAGAUGAUGGUCCUUCCUUACCUACAAGGCAAAAUGAAGAAUUUCGGCCUUUCAUUAGAAGGCUCCCAGAGUUUAAAUUCUGGCACUCUGCCACUAAAGGCAUCCUGGUUGCUAUGGCAUGUACGUUCUUUGAGGCUUUCAAUGUUCCUGUUUUUUGGCCAAUCCUUGUGAUGUACUUCAUUAUGCUAUUUUGUAUCACGAUGAAGAGGCAAAUCAAGCACAUGAUAAAGUACAGAUAUAUACCCUUCACACACGGCAAGAGGAAAUACAAAGGGAAAGAAGAUGUGGGAAAGACCUUUGCUAGCUAGAAGAUGCAAUCAACCUGUUGACCAAUUCUACUUCUAACUAAAGGAACGAUUUUGAGCCAUUGUAACAAUGCCUUUUUUCUUCAUAAAAAAAUGAUUGAGUGGUGACAAAGCAGUUGAAUUUUCAUUUUAAGAGGAUCUCGCUAUUUUUAUCUGAAAUAUCAGUUUCUUGAAGAAACUGGCAUUCUAACCAAAUUGCAUUGAGUUUAUUAUCUUUUGUAAGAAGUUGGAGAAACUUUGGAUAAUCCCAUGGAUUUGGGAUAAUGUAUUUUGUUCAAGAUCCAUUGCACUGGAGAGAUUAAUGGCUUAGAGUUGGAUAUUUUUACAUAGUUCUCUUGCUCAGUAUCACCCUGAAGUGCUGUGCACGUAUAUGGAGGAAAAAUGUAAGAUGGCACACAUGAUGCUGUUUUCUGCUUCAUGGCUGUGUGCUAUUUUCAUAGAAAAAUUCAGUAGACCUAAAUAGAUGCAGAACUUAAGCCAGUUUCCUAAAUGCAUGGUAUUACUGAGUUUAACCAACCAAAUAUAUAUAGGAGUAAGAAAAAAAUACUCAUAUAGCUUCUAAAGCAAGUCAUUUGUGUUGGGUUUUAAUGCCAGUUUCACCAUUACAUCUCUUAGCAGAUGCUAAAAUUGGACUCUCUCAUGAUCACUCAAAACUGUGCUCAAACUCUAUCACAAUUUCCUUUGAGGACCUGGAAUUAUAAAAAUAUAUAUUUUAAUUGUUAUUAGUUGGAGUUUCUUUCAUACUUAAGGGUUUCUUCAUUAAUUUAAGCUGACUUUAUGCAGCCUUUUCAGAAUAUACCCAAAGUGGUCACAGCAGACAAACCGUGUGGGUUUUAACACAGCUUUUCAUUUUCUAUGGGGAAAAAAAAAAAGAGAGAUAAAUGACCUGCAUGUAAACUUUUUCAUGUGAUACAACUGCAGUUUUAUUAAGUGACUUUUUAAUUCCAAAAUUUAUUAAAAGACAGUGUCCCCCUUUACUUGUUCUCUAUCUUUAUAUACCUAUAUUGAUCUAACAGUAUUUAUAGCUCCUUUUCAAUAAUGGUUACCCUCAAUUUGUCUUCAUGCAAUGCCUUUUCAACUCUUCAGGGAGCAUUCACUUGCAGAAAGUAGGAAAAGAUUAGCUCUUUGAAGAUUCUGAAUGGAGAAUAGUGGCAACUUCAACAGACACCUAAAUGGAAAAUGUAUGUAGGAACCCUUUCAUCUAAUUUUGUCAAAUGAAGUCAUUAUGGAGCUCUGGAAUUCAUCCUACAGUAAUCCUGGGAAAAUUACAGGUAGUUUUAGUUCACAUUGACCUGUUGUUUUUUGUUUGUGUGUGUUUGGUUUAUUAGCAGUGUGGAAACUAGUAAUGUCAAAACUUAAAAUGAUGGAAACACAGUAUCAAGAAACAGCCUUAUGAAAGUACCAGUCACGGUUGCUUGCAGUUCAUUGCCUAAAAAUCUGAAAGCCCUGAUUUGGAGAAGCUGUCUUCAGGUUUGCUGGAGUUUCUGAAUAACAUGGGAAAAUCAGGGAGAAACAUACAAUGUUCGUUAUGUUUGUUAACAUUAAAUUUAGCAAGUGGGAUGACUCCUACUAAACAACAGAGUGUUAAUGACAUCCGUUGCAAAUCAGACAUUUUUAUCUCCACUUAAUUUCGAACUUUAGUGGCUGUUUGAGAUUAAUGCCUUAUCCUUCUCUAGGUAGGUACGGAUGCUCUACAUCCAGUAGGAUUAACAGUUUUCAAAUAUGGAUUGUAGAUGAUGUUGGGACAAUGGUAUAGUUCCCUAUCUGACUCUUGGCAACAGCCAGACAAGUUUGAUGGCAUUCUGUUAAACUUUGCUCUAUUUUUAUCACUUACGAGUGCUAAAAAUAAAUUACCCUUACAGAAUGCAUGAAAAACUUGGCUUGGCAACUUCACAGUCAUCGGUUGCUUCAUAUUUGUUUUUAUGUGCAACUAAAUUCCUUACUAUUGUCUUAGUAAAGAGAUCAGGCAGUGAUUUCCUUAGGUAGUCAUGUUUUGAUUCAUGAUACGGACUGGUUUUCUUCUACUGUUGCCUUGACACUAUUAAAUAGGUGAGGGAUGCCUGAAAGUUUUCUGGUGUAAGAAAGGGAUGGUAUUGCAGCUCUGAAAAGCACUUUUGUACAGUAACGAUGAAGUGUUCGCAUAGUUACCAGCAACUAUUUUUUAUUCCAUUUAUAGAUAUGAUGAAAAGUUAAACUAAUUUUAUUGGUGUUUUUAUGACAACACUUGGAGAUUUAAUUGUUAACUGGCUAACCACAAUCUCUGCAGUAGAAAUAACCAUCUUAAAAGAAAUGCUCUUACUGUAGCACACCUCCCUCUGCCGCCCCAAGUCCAUAUUCAGUGCCACUUGUGAAAGAUUUAUUGAAACUGUAACUCAUGAUCCAGAGCGGAUCAUCUGGCUUUUUCUCCCCAUCUGUAUUUAAAGAAUACAAAUAAAUUCUUCUUGUACAUUUUC